GGGGUAGAGGGUUUAAGAGUGAUUUUCCGACUAUAUAAAGGCAGAAAACGUGGUUCAUCCUUGCUGUCACGUUAUAUUUGCCUUUGUCUAUAGGAUAUUAAAAGAAAGGAAAUAAAACGAAUUUUAAUCGCAGUUUUAAUUACAAAAAAUAUUCCAUCAUGAAAACGAUUAUUUUCCUGGCGAUAAUGUGCGCCGCAGUAAUCGCGGCACCCCAACAACAUCCCAAUGAAAUAACAAUUGUCAGACAGGAGGAAAACAAUAAUAUUGGAGUCGAUGGCUAUCAUUACAGUUAUGAGCAGAGUGACGGUCAAAAAAAAGAGGAAACCGGUGAAUUACAAAAUCAGGGCACUGAGCAAGAGACAAUUGUUGUCCGUGGUUUUUUUAGUUUCAUGGGGGCCGAUGGAAAAACAUAUAAAGUUGAAUAUACAGCCGAUGCCGAUGGUUUUCAUCCCGUAGUUUCCGUUGCUUAAGAGCAAGAAAAAAAAAAAAAACGAAAAUUCCCUCAUCUUCUAUUUUCCAGAAUUUGAAAAAAAAAUUUCCAGGAAAAAUUUUUCAAUUCUGACAAAUAAUGACAUGAGAUAAUUUUAGCAGCGGUUCUCGUUUAAAAAAAAAGAUAAUCAUCUAAAGGAUCUCCGCAAAGUCUGAUCCAGUCGUCUGGAAUGUUUAAUAUCUACUUUUUCUAUUUAUAUAUAAAUUCAUUGUAGAAUUUUAUUUUCUUCGGGUAAAGUGAAAAUUUUUCGCCGAAAUGAAAAUGAAAAAUUACCGAGAAUUUAGAAAUUUUCAUCUUUCAUAUAGCUUGCUUUUUAUAUAAUAAUAAUUAAAAAAAAAAACUCUGCAAGGACAAAUUUUCCAUGUACCCGAAAUAAUAAAUUUCACUUGAGAAAAAAAUGUUUAAUAUUUCUUUCAUUUUUUAUAGUCGAUCUUUUUGAAAACUGAAUCGAUUUUUUAAAAAUCGAAAGAGAAAUGGAAGCUAAAACAAUUAUUUUUCUAUAAAUUCCACUAAGUUUUUAUUUUUAAAAAAAAGUUUUACAAACUUAGAUCUAAACUCGUUAAAGACAAAAAAACGAGUUGUGAGAUUGCAAAAAGAAAUUCGCCUGGCACGAUAACUCUUAACACACAAAAUAUACAUAUAAGUUUCUAUAUAUAUAAUAUAUAUAUAUAUAUUAGUACACAAUAUAAAUGUAAAGAUCAUAAACCUUUAUAUACUAUAUACAAUCAAUUGUCACUACCACAAAAAUUCAUCAAAAAAAAAAUAUUCUUCGCAUUAAUUCUUUACUCAAAAAAAGAAUAAGAUUAAUUUACCUCCUUCAAUCCUUUAUCCUCAUUAUUUUUAAUUUUUUAAAUGCAAACAUUAUGUAAUAAUUAAUAUAUUAUACUAAAUAUAUUCUAUAUAUAGGUAUACGUAUAUAUCAAUAUAUUAAUAUAAUUAUAUAAUUAUUACAUAAUGAAUUUUUAAUAUUUUAGAAUCGAUUAUUAAUCGGAAAAUAUCAAAUAUAUGAAUUAAAUUCACAAUUUAUAGUAAGAAUUAUUAAAUAAUUCGUCCAUCUUUUUUUUUUAAAUUAAACACACCAAAAAGAAGAUAAUGAGGAAAAUGAUUUUUAGAUUUGGUUUGCUAUCUAAUGGAUAAAGUAAUGAUUAAUUAUAAUGCACAGAGGUAGAAAAUUUAAUUUUACCUCAAAGCCACUUAAUUUUUAGAUCAGAUUUUUAAAAUCGAUGAAUACUAAUCGUUUCUUACUAAAAAAAAAAUAAAAAAAAAGACAAA